ACCAUAUAAUAUAAAAGCAUAAACGGAGAAUAAGCAAAACUGAAAAAUAAAUUAUCUAUUGGACUUUCAAAGUCCAAACAUUCCUCUCGUUUCUGAUCCACUUUCCUUUUUCUUUCUCUUUCUCUUCCCCUUCCCCACCGCAAUGUACCACCACCACAACCACCGCGACGGCGGCGGUGCUUCUCCCUCUCCUUCUCCGACCACAACUCCUCUCUCAUCCCCGACCUCCUCCCUCUCCCUCACCCAAACCAUCAAUGGAUCCCACCAUUUCACCAUACAGGGCUACUCUCUUUCCAAGGGUAUCGGUAUCGGCAAGCACAUCGCCAGCGACAAUUUCACCGUUGCCGGUUACCAGUGGGCAAUUUAUUUUUACCCCGAUGGCAAAAACCCGGAAGAUAAUUCUACUUAUGUCUCUGUCUUCAUCGCUUUGGCGAGUGAAGGCACCGAUGUGAGAGCGCUUUUUGAACUCACCCUUCUUGAUCAGAGUGGUAAAGGGAAACAUAAGGUUCAUUCCCAUUUCGAUCGCUCCCUCGAGAGUGGACCCUAUACCCUCAAGUAUCGUGGCAGCAUGUGGGGUUACAAGCGAUUUUUUAGACGUGCAAUGCUUGAAACGUCAGAUUUUCUGAAGGAUGAUUGCUUGAAAAUUAAUUGCACAGUUGGUGUUGUGGUUUCGGCUAUAGACUGUUCGAGAUUGCAUUCUAUACAGGUUCCUGAAUCUGAUAUUGGGGCUCAUUUUGGUAUCUUAUUGGAGAAUGAAGAUAGUUCAGAUGUUACUUUUAAUGUUGAUGGGGAGAAGUUUCAUGCUCACAAGUUGGUACUGGCUGCACGUUCUCCUGUAUUUGAAGCCGAAUUUUCGGAUGCAAUGGAGGAAGAUAAGCAAGAAGUAGUUGUUACGGAUAUGGAACCUAGGGUUUUUAAGGCUUUGUUGCACUUUGUAUACAAUGACACUCUAAUUGAAGAUGAAGAGUUCUCAGCGUCUAGUUCAUCUAGUGUGUUAUCUGUAUCUGAUACAUUGGAAGCUAAAUUGUUGGCUGCAGCAGAAAAAUAUGCCUUGCCUAGACUUAGACUGAUAUGUGAGUCUGUGCUCUGCAAGGUUAUAACAGUGAAUUCAGUUUCUCAUAUUCUAGCGCUUGCUGAUCAGUACCAUGCUACGGAUCUGAAAAAUGUUUGCCUAAAAUUCACUGCUGAAAACCUCAUACCUGUUAUGCGCUCAGAUGGUUUCCAGUAUCUUAAAGAAAACUUCCCGUUUCUGCAGUCCGAGCUAUUGAAAACAGUGGCAGGUUGUGAAGAUGAAUUCAGCGUAUGGGGGAAAACAAGAAGCGUUUGGGCACAGUAUUCUGAUGGUGAUGAUACAAACGGUAGGAGUGUGAGACAGCAAAUUUGGGAAAAUGGAGGGGAAAGAAGUAGAAGUGUGUGGGCGCCACCACUUGAAGGUGGCGAAGGAGCAGGGAGUCCCAGGGAAGAAGCUUGAUAAUAUAAACACUAUUUGUCAGUUCUCCCUAAUGUAAUCAAAUCAGAAAAGGAAAAUGUAGGAAGAAAGGAAGAGAAACAAGAGGAUGUUCCACUCUUUAUGCAUCAACAAAUAAAUGUUUUAUGUUUAAUUUUAAUUAAAAACAGAUCAUUUGGUGGCAAAAUCUGUUGGUUGUAUAAUGUGUUGUAAUAGAUUGAAAUCAUUGUUCUUGGCAUUCUGCAUAUUGAAAUUGUUCUAUGUACUGUUAUGAGAAGAGCUUUCAUUUGGAAGACAUGAAUGUACAGUAAAUGCCAUGCAUUGCUAUGAAGCACUAAUUAGUAUGCAA